UCCAAGAGAUGGAGAUUCCCACGAGGACCCAGGGCCACUGCUCGAAGAGCCUCCUGCUGUCAGCCUUGAUCCUGGCACUCUGGGUGCCCCAAGGCUCCCAGGCAGCCCUGCGCAUCCAGAAGAUUCCAGAGCAGCCUCAGAAGAACCAGGACCUUCUCCUGUCUGUCCAGGGUGUCCCAGACACCUUCCAGGACAUCAACUGGUACCUGGGGGAGGAGGCCUAUGGAGGCACAAGGCUCUUCACCUACAUACCGGAGCUCCAGCGGCCACAGAGGGACGGCAGUGCCAUGAAGCAGCGGGACAUCGUGGGCUUCCCCAAUGGCUCCAUGCUGCUGCGGCGUGCCCAGCCCACAGACAGCGGCACCUACCAAGUAGCCAUCACCAUCAACCCUGCCUGGACCAUGAAGGCCAAGACCGAGGUCCAGGUGGCCGAGAAGCAUGAGGCCCUGCCCAGCGCACACCUGCCCAUGAAUGCGGGGACCGUGGCCGCCAUCAUCAUCGGCUCUCUGGCUGCGGGGGCCCUCCUCAUCGGCAGCAUCGCCUGUCUCCUGGUGACAAGAGGCUGGAAGGGCCAGAGCCACAGGAUGACGACCACAGAGAACUCUGCACGGGGCCCCAGUCACAACGCUGGUAACAAUAAUCCCUAUGAACUAAUGGCAUCUCCGGUCUUCCUGGUGUCUCCCCUCAGUGACAAGGGGUCCACGAACUCAGCUAAAGAAAAGAGAUUGGAAGGAAAUGGCGCAACAGAAAUAGCAUUUGUCUCUGGGGUGUGGAGGCCAGUGGCCCCUGCCCAUGCCCGCACCCCUGCAGCCCAGGCCGGAGAACCACCAGUACCAGGACCUGCUGAACCCAGACCCCGCCCCCUACUGCCAGCUGGUGCCAACCCUGAAGGAGCCCGGCCAGGCCAGCCUCAGACAAGGCCUCUGCCGCCCCUGGGGGCCUCGCACCGAACAGAAAAGACACCUCCGAGACCAGCAGGACGAGGCCAUCAGGGGCUGUGGGGCUGA